UUGAAUGAUGCCAUCGUAUGAGAGCAGAAUCAUUCACUUGAUAAACGCCACCACUUCUCCUUCCCACAUUCGUCAGAUCCAAUCUCAAUUCAUUCACCGAAACCUCCUGAAAAACCACUUCAUUACUCAGCAUUUCAUCAAUUCCUGCAACUCUUUAGGUCUUUUAAACGAAGCCCACGCCCUCAUCCUCUGUUCAAAACCACCCUCUCAUGUCUUCCUUUACAAUACCCUCUUCAGAUCCUUAUCCCAUUCUAAAACCCCACAUCUCCCUUUUGCUUUAUACGCCCAUAUGCAAAGAGCCUCACUUUCCCCUAAUAACUACACCUUCCCUUUCCUUCUCAAGUCAUUAGCCGAUUUCCAGGAGCUCCAGAAAGGACAAAUGGUUCAGAUCCAUGUCAUAAAAUUGGGUCAUUCCCGUGAUAUUUAUAUACAAAAUUCCCUGAUGAAUCUAUAUGCAUCGUCUGGUGAAAUGGGUUUAUGUCGCCGAGUGUUCGAUGAAAUGCCUGACCCAGAUGUCGUUUCGUGGACUAUUUUGAUUACGGGGUUUAGAAAUGCUGAGAAAUAUGAUGCUGCUUUGAUUGCUUUUGAGCAUAUGCAGUAUGCAGGUGUGGUGCCUAAUAGGGUAACUAUGGUGAAUGCAUUGGCUGCCUGUGGCGGUCUCGGUGCUUUCAAAAUGGGAGUUUGGAUUCAUGAUUUUAUAAUGAAAAAAGGAUGGGAAUUGGAUGUGAUUCUAGGGACUGCUUUGAUUGAUAUGUAUGGGAAAUGUGGGAGGAUUGAAGAAGGAUUAAGGGUUUUCCAUAGCAUGGAAGAAAAGAAUAAUUUUACGUGGAAUGCAAUAAUUAACGGUCUAGCUUUAACUAAAAAUGGUGAGCUGGCGGUUUGGUGGUUUAAUAGGAUGGAACAAGAAGGGUUUAAAUUUGAUCAUGUAACUUUAAUUGGGGUUCUUUCGGCUUGUGGCCAUUCGGGUUUGGUUGAUACGGGUCGCCAAAUCUUUAGGUUCUUAGUUGAAGGGAGAUAUGGAUUCUUGCCUGGGGUAAAACAUUAUGCAUGUAUGAUUGAUCUCUUGACACGUGCAAGAUGUCUCGACGAUGCUUUUAAACUUCUCAAGGAAAUGCCUUUCGAGCCUACGAAGUCCAUUUGGGGGUCAUUGCUGACCGGUUGUAGAAGUCAUGGUAAUUUGGAACUGAGUGAGAUAGCCGCAAAGAAACUCGUGGAGUUAGAGCCGGAUAAUAGUGCUUACUAUGUUGUUUUGUCCAAUCUGUAUUCAGAUAUGGGGAGAUGGGAUGAUGCUGAGAAAGUGAGAACGCUGAUGAAAGAGAGAGGGAUGAGGAAGGGCCUUGGUUUUAGCUCUGUGGAAUGGGAAUCCCAGGAACAAGUGUCUGAAGUAUAUUAGCACAGUGAAUCACCUAAAUUAUAUGCAAGAAUUGUCUUACUGGAUUCCUUUGAUUCUCAUUAAAACAGAGAGGUAUGCUUUGCUUCGGCCAUGUUCCUGUCCGGUUGAGGUUGGCUUCUCCUGAAAACUAUUUAGCCAAGGAGGGUAAAUUCUAAUAUGAUCAACUGACUCCUAUAUGGCAAUCAACUGUGGUC